AUGGGCGGCGCCGGCGACGUGAAGCGCUGGUUCGUCGACGCGGGCCUCGGCGAGGCGAAGCCGUCCGGCGGGUCCCUGGGCGGCUCGGGCUGGUCGCAGACGGGCAAGUGGGUCACGGACGACGCGUCCUACUUCGUCAAGCAGUCGAGCCGGUCGUGCGCGUCCAUGUUCGCCGGCGAGGCCGCGGGCCUCACGGCGAUGCGCGACGCCGCCGGCGACGCGGGCGGCCUGCGCAUCCCGGAGGUCUUCGUCGCGAAGGACUACGAGGACGGCAAGGGCUCCUUCAUCGUCAUGGAGUUCCUGAACAUGGGCAGCCGGGGCGACAUGCACGCCUUCGGCCGCGCGAUGGCGCAGAUGCACCUGUCGUCGCCCGCGGUCCCCGAGGCCGCGGCGGGCCAGUUCGGCUUCCCCGUGGACAACACGAUCGGCGCGACGCCGCAGCCCAACGGCUGGACCGACGACUGGGUGGCGUUCUACCGCGACAAGCGCCUCGCGCACCAGGUGAACCUGGCGGGCGACGCGUCCAUCGACAAUUUGUGGCGGAAGCUGAAACCGCGGCUCGGCGAGUUCUUCGACGCCGACGAGGCCAUCGAACCCGUCAUCCUCCACGGCGACCUGUGGAGCGGCAACAUCGGCACGGCCGAGGGCGCGCCGUCGAUCUUCGACCCGGCGUGCUACUUCGGCCACCACGAGGCGGAGUGGGGCAUGAGCUGGUGCGCGUCCCUCGGGCCCCAGUUCUGGCAGGGCUACCGCGAGCUCAUCCCCGAGGCGCCGAAAUUCGCCCAGCGGCGGCCGCUCUACGAGGCCUACCACCAGCUCAACCACUACAACCUGUUCGGCGGCGGCUACCGCGGCGCGGCCUGCCAGUGCCUCGAGCAGUGCCUCAGGUCCCUCGACUAA